GAAAUGUAUAUACCGCUUUUCUUAUUUUCUUUCUUCUCUGGCUACCCAAAGAUAGAGUAACAAUCUGAAAAGUACUUAUUAUUAUUAUUAUUAUUAUUAUCAGAUCCAUAAUUUAUUCACCAGAUUCUGUGCCGUCGAUUAACGAUGCAUCUAGUAAAUGCGGUGAUGGCGACGAGGAUGUUGACGAUGUUAGGGCAAUCAAACGGUGUAAGUGAAGGGAUACCAUUUGGAUCGAUAUGGUGGUUUAUAUACGCAGGAAUAUCGUGUUUUCUCGUUCUAUUUGCUGGUAUUAUGUCGGGUCUUACUUUAGGUUUGAUGUCUCUCGGUCUUGUUGAGCUCGAAAUUCUUCAACGCAGCGGUACCUCUAGCGAGAAGAAACAAGCUGCUGCUAUUCUUCCGGUGGUUCAAAAGCAGCAUCAACUUUUAGUGACGUUGCUUUUAUGUAAUGCUGCUGCUAUGGAGGCUCUUCCUAUAUACCUUGAUAAGCUUUUCAAUCAGUAUGUUGCUAUAAUACUAUCUGUCACAUUUGUUCUAUUUUUUGGGGAGGUUAUUCCACAAUCAAUAUGCUCCAGAUAUGGACUUGCUGUUGGUGCCAAUUUUGUAUGGCUUGUACGAAUUCUGAUGAUUAUUUGCUAUCCAAUAUCAUAUCCCAUUGGGAAGAUUCUGGAUUGGGUACUGGGGCAUAAUGAAGCAUUAUUCAGGCGGGCUCAGUUAAAAGUUCUUGUUUCAAUCCAUAGUCAGGAGGCUGGAAAGGGAGGUGAACUCACACACGAUGAGACAACAAUUAUUAGUGGAGCGCUUGACUUAACUGAAAAGACUGCUGAAGAGGCUAUGACACCUAUUGAAUCAACCUUUUCAUUAGAUGUCAACUCCAAACUGGAUUGGGAGGCAAUGGGAAAAGUUCUUGCACGAGGGCAUAGUCGAGUUCCUGUGUACUCUGGGAAUCCAAAAAAUAUAAUUGGGCUUCUUCUGGUGAAAAGCCUUCUCACUGUACGACCUGAGACAGAGACCCCAGUCAGUGCUGUUUCCAUUCGGAGAAUUCCACGGGUUCCAUCUGAUAUGCCUCUGUACGAUAUUCUAAAUGAGUUUCAAAAAGGUAGCAGUCAUAUGGCAGCUGUUGUAAAGUCUAAAGCAAAGUCCAAGAUUCCUAUGACAACAGGAGAAAAACAGGAAGAAAACAAAGCCACUGCUGGGGAUUCUGAAUUGACAAUUCCGCUGCUAGUUAAGCAAGAUGAGAAGUUAGAUACUGUAAUUCUUGAUAUGGAUAGGGUUUCGAGGCUGUCUAGUAAUAAGCAGACCUCUUCACAGCGUUUUGAUGCAGCAACCAAUGGUUUGGUACAGUCCUCAGAGGACAUUGAAGACGGUGAAGUCAUUGGUAUUAUCACACUGGAAGAUGUAUUUGAAGAACUUUUGCAGGAAGAAAUUGUGGAUGAAACAGAUGAAUACGUUGAUGUGCAUAAAAGAAUCCGUGUUGCUGCUGCUGCAGCUGCUUCAUCAGUGGCACGGGCUCCAUCAAGUCGGAGGCUGACAGCCAAUAAGGGAACUGGAGCGCAGGGCAAGCCAGGUCAAGCCUUGAGGAAAUCUGAGAAUGAUUCAAGUAGCCCAAGGUUACAAGGGACUGGUGGUGAGCCUUUAGCUGGAAACAAGAGAUAAGAAAGGUUGUACAGUUGCCUGGUUGUUGCAACAACUCUGAGGAGAGGUAUUUUUUGUUCAUUGUUCAUACCGCAAUGAGUAUGAAAUAAAUGCUUGUAAUAUAUUGAAACUGAGUCUACUGAGCAAAUUGUGAUUCCUUUCAGCUAUGUUCACUUCCACUACUAUAGAUUUGGAUGUGUACUUGAGAGAGAACUGUGCAUAGGCUCCGAUAACUCUCAAAUAUCAGAUUCCACAUUUUGUAUUGACAAUUUGGUUUGAGGCCUGUAUCUUUAGGUUGCAAUUUUGAUGUGCCUUGUUUCAAGUAAAUUUGCAUUAUGCAAGAAAAUACUUAUAAUGGAAAAUGGGAAAUAGUGAGAAAGGGCAGGUUUAUUAUUUUUAAA